AUGCAUUUCCAAGUCGUGGCCCUCUCCUUCGCACUCCUCUCUCCCGUUAUCAACGCAUACCCUAUCACCGGAGACACCGUCAACUGCCGCUCCGGCCCAGGGACCUCUUACUCCGUGGUCAAAUCCUACAAAAAGGGCGCCGAUGUUGCAAUCACCUGCCAAGCUUCCGGCACCGACAUCAAGGGCGACAGCAUCUGGGACAAGACCGCCGAUGGCUGCUACGUUGCCGAUUACUACGUGAAAACAGGUAGCUCCAGCUACGUUACCAAGAAAUGCGACGGCAGCAGCGGUGGUGGUGGUGGUAGCAGCGGCAAUCUGCCUGGUCUUUCAUCGACCCAGUCCAAGCAUGCCAAAGCUAUCAUUGGAGAAGCGAAGAAAGAAGACCUAGGUCGUCAGGGUUGUCUUGCUGGUAUUGCAACUGCUCUUGUUGAGUCGAACAUCCUCAUAUAUGCCAACAAGGAUGUCCCUUCUUCACUCAACUAUCCCCAUGAUGCCGUGGGUUCGGACUAUGAUAGUGUGGGCAUCUUCCAGCAACGCGCCAAGUACUACCCAGACAUCGCUGCCGAUAUGGAUGCCGCAAAGUCAGCCGCCCAGUUCUUUAAAGGCAUGAAGGGAGUUAGUGGCUGGAAGACUAUGGAGGUGGGCAAGCUUUGCCAGAAAGUGCAGGGCUCAGCUUAUCCCACUCGGUAUGCGGAACGUGUGGAUGAGGCCAAGAAAAUUUGUGCUGCUGGUGGUUUGUAG